AUGUCCGAGUCCUUUGGCCUGUGGCUUCGUUAUACUGUUGAUGAUUCUGCCAGCAAUUCUCAUAAAAACAGCCUUUUGCAACGUAGCCUAGUUAGACUGCCUUUGUCCUGGACUGUAAUUACCCGUAAUGAGCUCGUACCUAUUUCGGUUUCCGACAGCUCUCAACCCGCACUUCCUUGCAACAUCUGGACGGUUGUUCCGACCACGGCACCUUCCGGCAAUUUGCGCUGCUUUUGUGCGCAUGGCGGCGAGAGCCGCGGACGUUUCAUCCUUAUGCGCCUCAGUGGAACCCUUUGCAGCAUGUGUGGGUACAGCCUUUUCGACGUGUGUUACGAAGUGAACUACGUGGAUUUUCUGUCGGACGCGCAGCCACUCUCAGCUAAGAAUCUGUUAUGAAUCGCAAACGCUAUGGGGAAACCUAACUGCUGGACUUUUGGGAAAGACGAGGAAUGAAUUAGGGAAUUGCUAGCCGAAAUCUUUAUGGGAAAGGCAGUUAUCACGAUCUGUUUCGUUAAAGGACGUAGAAACAUAAUAGUGGUAGGCUUGAGUGACUACUGCAUAUACCGUGGACGGCGAACCUUUCGGAAGGGUGAAGCAAAACCAUUACCCAUGGGAGAGAAGGAAUAGAAUGGAAAAGCUGCAAUGUUGUGUAUGAGUUCGUCGGGGCAAAUGGGGCAUUCCCUCGAAGAAUAGGCGAGAUUCGAUGACGUUGAUGGUAGGAGAUAGGUGCUCCUUAAUUUGUGAUAACCAGAGGCCCGGCACAGCUCAACCUCACCUGCACCUGACG